AUGAAGAACAUGUCUAUUGGAGAUGUCAAGCCUAUUGAAGUGGAAAACAAGCCAUCUACCUCCACUCAAGAUGAGUUAUCUACUUCCGCUAUGCCAAGAAAAGCUCAAGUUGAAGUGGAGGAGGAGAAGGCACAAGAUCCACCUAUGCUAACAAGGAUACACACCGCUCUUUCCAAGGAUCACCCAAUUUACGAGCCAAAACAUGUAGAUGAAGCUCUUGGUGAUCCGGAUUGGGUAAAUGCUAUGCAUGAAAAGCUCAACAACUUUGCAAGAAACAAGGUAUUUUGCAAGGAGUCUGGUGAUAUGAUGUCUAGGGAAUUUGAGAUGUCCAUGAUUGGAGAGUUGAGCUUCUUUCUUGAACUUCAAAUCAAACAACUCAAGGACGGGACGUUCAUGAGCCAAACCAAGUACAUCAAGGAUCUACUCAAGAGGUUUGGCUUGGAGGAUGCGAAGCCCAUCAAGACACCUAUGGCAACCAACGGGCAUCUCGACCUUGAUGAGGAGGAGGGGGGUGGACCCGAGGCCCCGCCUGUCAGCUCCUCCCCCUUCCUCCAGCCACCUCGCCAGCAACCGCCCGUGGCCGCCAUUGUCGCCCACUCCGUCGCAAAAUCCGCACCACCCCGCCCCUCCCGCUCACGCCCAAGUGGUGGAACUGCACCCCCACCACCUCCUCCACCAUUUCACCAAUUUUCCACCAAGAAAACGGCACCGGUUUGCCCCGCCACGCGCCCACGUCGCCACCCCACACCGCCGGUGGUUGCCGCCCCGAAUCCGCAUCGCCCCAGCCCACUGUCGCCCUCCCGCGCCCAUAAAACUCCUCCCCACACUCCCCUCGCUCGUUUCCCCAACUUUCCUGAGCCCAUCGGGCCUUCUCCCGCUCUCCCCGCGCGAGCCCGAGCUCCGCCGCUCGCCGCCGUGCUUCCAGCCGCACGCCACUGCCGCUCCAGACGCCGUCGCGCCACGCCGCCACCACCAUUUGCAUCGCCGUGCCAUGCCACACCCUGGCCCCUACUCCUUUUCCCGUCUCCGCCUCCGAAACACUGCCGCAACGCGCGCCCGAGCUCCGCCGCCCGUCGACGCCCUCUAGCCGGUCGCCACCGUUGCUCCCGCCACCACCGCUCCGCGCAACCGCCACCGACGGCUUCGCUGUGUCAUGUCGUACCCCGGCAUCCCCUCCGCUCCUCCAUUCCGCCGCUGGAACCGUCACUCCACCACACCACCCGAACCGCCACCAUAGCAGCCACCUCUAGUCGCCUCUCGACGCCGUUCCCGACCACCUCGCGCUGUGUCGUCGCCUUCCUCGGCACCGCAGUCAUCGUGCGUAGCCCGUCCAGCCCUCCCUCCUCGCGAAUCAUCGUGAGAGACCGCUUCCCUCCGUCCAAGGUUCUUCCGGCCGCUGUCCGCGAGUUCCCGCUCGCGGAAGGCCGCCGGAGCGCCAUCCGCUUCGCCUCCUCGAGGAGCGCCGCCGCCUCUACCCAUCGCCAGCCACCUCCGGCUCCGCCUCGUCGGCCCGCACGCUCACAAAGAUUAUAUUUAUGAUAACUCGAUGAAUUACAUGAACAGGAUUAGAGUGUCAUAAAGAUGGAAGCACUAAUCCUGAUAACGCAAGCCGUCAUGACAAGUUUACCUCUAGUUGAAGAUCGAAUCGAUGAAGC